UAUCAGAGCCAGGUUGGCUUUGGUAUUGAGAUUUAGAGUGUUCUUCAGCUUCAGUUCAUACUCUUUCAUACUUUCUUUUCGGUUCUAACAAAGCAAGAUGGAGGGAAACUACAAGGUCAUUACAGUUCCUGUUGCGUUGAAGGGUGGUAGUAACUACCUUUUGUGGUCAAGGCUGGUGAAGACAGCCAUUGGGAGGCUAGGGCUUUGGAGUCACAUCACGGAUGAUGCAACCAAGCCAGUGGCUAAAGACGGAGAAGGAGGUGAAGGUGUUGGAGAUCAAGUUGCUGCUGCCGAGAAGAUGUGGAUUCAAGAAGACUUGAUGGUGCUUUCAGUGCUACAAGGGUCCCUUGAAGAGCAUCUCUUGGAGGCCUACAGCUACUGCGAGACUCCAAAACACCUGUGGGAGGUACUCCAAAAGACUUUUGGGAAUGUUACCAAUCUGAACCGUGUGUAUGAGAUCAAGAAAGCCAUCAACACACUGGUACAAGAUGGAGAGGAGUUCACCAUGCAUUUGGGCAAGUAUAGAUCCUUGUGGUCUGAGCUUGAAUCGUUGAGGCCAAGCACCACUGAUCAAGAGCUACUCAUGGAGAGGCGGGAGCAGGAUCAGGUGUUUGGAUUGCUGUUGACACUAGAUCCUCCAUUCAAUGAUGUGAUCAUGCACAUGUUGAGGAUGCCGAGUCUCCCAUCUAUGGAGGAAGUGUGUGCGCAGAUUCAGAAGGAAGAGGGGUCACUUGGUUUGUUUGGAGGGAAAGGAGACAUGGCUCUGUCCAACAAGGCUGAAGCAAUCCAAGCAAACAAAGCCGCUUACCGUGGAGAGGAAAGGAAGUUCAGUGGAAACUGUGACCAUUGCAAGAAGCCGGGACACAAGAGGAGUCAGUGCUGGAUCCUACACCCCCAUCUGAAGCCGGCCAAAUUCAACAAGGAGAGAGAGGGAAGAGCUCACCUUUCUGCAGAGACAAGUGAAGCCGGCGCAUCAGGAGCUGGUUCAUCUGGUCUUGCGGGUGAAAGUGAAGGAAGAGCCUUAACCUCUCACCACCAAGGAGCUGUGAAGAACAUGGAUCAUGAGGUGAUCAAGAAGUCAGACAUUGAUGCCUUGAUCAAAGCCCUUAAAGAGUCUGGAUAUUGAAAGCAGUAAGUUGAUUGGGCAAGGAGUAACCAAAGGAGAC